UUCGUGGGGUUAACAUUCUCAUUUUCUAUAACCUUUCAUGUUUUUUAGUUCCAGGAUCGUUUAACGGUCGAUUAGAUUGAGAGAAUGAAAGCUCUAAUACUCGUAGGAGGAUAUGGUACAAGACUUCGACCGCUAACGUUGUCAAAACCCAAGCCAUUAGUCGAGUUUUGUAACAAACCAAUGGUAAUGCAUCAAGUUGAAGCCUUAGCUGAGGCUGGAGUGAAACAUAUCAUUCUUGCAGUCAGUUACCGUGCAGAAAUGUUAGAAAAAGCCAUGAAACAACAAGAAGAUAGGCUAGGAAUUACAAUCACAAUUUCACAAGAAAAAGAGCCCUUAGGAACUGCUGGUCCCUUGGCUCUAGCAAGAGAUCACCUCACAGUUGACGAGGAGCCUUUCUUUGUGUUAAACAGUGAUGUUGUGUGUGACUUCCCUUUUAAACAAAUGUUAAAAUUCCACCGAGAUCAUGGAAAAGAGGGCACAAUAGUGGUCACUAAAGUUGAAGAACCUUCCAAAUAUGGUGUGGUUGUUUAUGAUGCUAAAACAGGACGGAUUGACAAGUUUGUGGAAAAGCCACAAGUUUAUGUGUCAAACAAAAUAAAUGCUGGCUUGUACAUAUUUAACCCAAAGAUGUUAUCAAGAAUUGAGCUCAGACCAACGUCAAUUGAGAAAGAGAUAUUUCCAAAAAUGGCGCAGGAGGAUGAACUAUUUGCAUUCGACCUUCCAGGUUUUUGGAUGGAUGUAGGUCAACCUAAGGAUUUCCUGAUUGGAAUGGGAUUGUUCCUCCACUUCUUGCGAGAAAAACACCCAGACCGUCUGCAUGAAGGACCAGGAAUUAUCGGCAAUGUCUUAGUGGAUCCCACGGCUAAAAUAGGAGACGGCUGUCGAAUAGGACCAAAUGUAGUCAUUGGACCAGGGGCUGUCAUUCAGGAUGGAGCGUGUCUUUCACGUUGCACUAUUCUCCAAGAAGCUGUCAUUAGAUCACACUCAUGGAUUCACUCCGCCAUUAUCGGCUGGAAAUCAGUUGUAGGACAAUGGGUUCGUAUGGAAGGAGUAUCAGUACUUGGAGAAGACGUUAUAGUUAAAGACGAAUUGUAUAUCAAUGGCGGACGAAUUCUACCCCACAAAUCUAUCUCAGACUCCUCACCAGAACCGCAAAUCAUUAUGUAAAUAGAAAAUCAGCAGCUAUGAAAAAAUUCUUUAAACUAUAUGUUGGUAUUGAGGUUUUUUAAAUAUUAACUUGUUCCAGGUGCGCAGGUUGUUAAAAUGGAGUAAACGGUGCGAUAGUAAAGGCGGAGCGUGAACGAGGGAGAUCUGAGUCGAGCUGCGUACCGACCCAAGCCCCCCCGGUUUUUUUUUUCUGCGCUACCAUCGUUCCGUCUUCUAUCGCGCCUGGUUUUAAAAACUGAGCUCCUGGAAAAGGGCUGAAAAUGUGAAUCUUACUGGUGACCCGGUAAGAGAGUGUAGAUUUAGUUUUAGAACUUUCGAAAAAAGACAUUCAGUCAGUGAACUAUUAGUGAAGAGUCAGUUAAUUAAACGCAUUCUAAGGGUAUUCCAACUUUCCAGACCUUAUUUUUUAUCGACCGGGAGUAAUGGGCGUAUUGGUCUUUGCAGGGUGGGUGGGGCGCAAAAAACAUAAAUAAAAUAAUGAUGAUAAAAAAUAGGUAAAAUAAAUAUUAAUUGGAUUUUGGAUUUUGGACACCAGUGGCCGACUUUGGAUUUUGGACAGAAGCGGCCGUUUUUGGUUUUUUGGACCCUAGUGGCCGAUUUUGGAUUUGGAUAUUAGUAGCCGACUUUGGUCGAAUUUAGACUUGAGUGUCCGAUUUUGGACACCAGUGUUUUAGUUCGGAUCCUAGUGUCUUAAAUCCAAAUUAAGACUAUUAAUUUCGAUUAAUUUAGACACUAGUAUCUAAAAUCUGAAUAUAGACACACAUUAGUGUCUCGAUCUUAAGACCGGCUAGUGUCCGAUUUUAUCGAUUUGUGUUCUAUUUUCGCUAUUACACAGCACCGGGCUAGUCUUCCGUAAUUUAUUCGCAUAAAAAUGAUGCUAGACAUACUGGGUACUUGGUUUAAUGUGGGAAGGAUUUUGCAAUACCUUGUGUGAAU